GCGGGGCAGGGCCUGAGCGGCCUGGGGUCCUGGGCCCCGGGAUUCUGGAUUCCAGAUGCACUAGGAUCGUGGAUGCACAGGCAUCCCUGCAGAGUAGUCCAGACCUGGUGGGGAGGGGGCACUGAGGGUACAGCCUACGUCCCGGAGCCAAGAUGCUCAGCUUCAUAGGUAUGACUUACACCUGCGACUUCACCUUUUGAAGCCUCAAGUUUGUCAUCUGUAGAAUAGACAUAAAGCUACUUCACAGGACUGUUGAGAGGAUUAACUGAGACAAUGCUUCUAAAGCUCUUCGCACAAGGGAGGCCUGGAGGCCGGACCCGGUGGGCCCAGCACACCCACUGUUACCUGGGACCACAGGCAGCAUGAAGACCCCCGUGGAGCUGGCCAUCAGUGGGAUGCAGACCCUCCACCAUCCACACCGCUGCCGGAGGGGCUGUCAGGUCAAGGCUACGGCAUCGUACGUGGAUGAGACUUUAUUUGGCAGCCCUGCGGGCACCCGUCCCACACCGCCAGACUUUGACCCACCCUGGGUGGAGAAGGCCAGCAGAACCAAAGGAGUGGGCACAGAGGCCUCACGGGCCUCAGAAGCCAACAGGAGCAGCAAGACCACCUCCUCCAGGGGCAGUACCCCGACUCUCACACCAAGGAAGAAGAACAAAUACAGACUGAUCAGCCACACUCCUUCUUACUGUGAUGAGUCACUAUUUGGCUCCCGAUCCAAGGGCACCAGCUGGGAGGCUCCGUGGAUGGCGAAGGGGGAUGCUGCAAAACUCCACACCCUCUUCUGGACACCCCCAGCUACCCCCAGGGGCAGCCACUCGCCCCGCCCCAGGGAGACCCCACUGCGUGCCAUUCACCCCACCGGUGCCUCUGAGACAGAGCCCAAGGUGGCGACAGGCUCCCGAAAGUUGUCCGUGGAUGGGUUAGACUCUCCACACCCUCUGAGGCAGGAGCGUUCCCAUUCCCUCACCCACCUGAAUGUCCCCAGCACUGGCCGCCCACACACCAGUGACCCCCACACAAACGGGCCUGGGAAUCCCAGGCCUUCCCCGUCAGGGGUGACGUUCCGGAGCCCCCUGAUAACUCCCAGGGCCCAUUCAGUCAGUGUUUCUGUGCCAGCUACCCCCCGACGAGGGGGGGCCACCCAGAAACCAAAGCCCCCUUGGAAAUGAGUUUCUCGGUCCUUUCAUCAGGUUCGUCCAUGGGGGUCACAAGCAAGGAGCACAGUUUCGGAGGGCGGCACAGGUCCGGGGCUUCUAGGGACACCAAAAGGCAUUAGAGAAGCGUCCCUGGGGCAGUCCCAGCAGGGGCGGCCAGUGUCUCCUCCGUUCGGACACUCUCUAGUCGUUCCCUGCUCCCCCACCCCCAGUGCGGGCCACCCCUUGAGAUGCCUGUUCUAGGCCUGUCAUAGCCAUAUGCUGUAUCAGUGCCAACCAGGGAGGGGCCCGCCACCUCCCCCCUCACUCCCACGCACUGUCUUGCCACCAAGUGUGAAUAAACGGCAUGGUCGCCAACAUGGAGGCUUCUUUCUCCCCCUCUUCAAGCCAAGCUUGCUGCUCAGGACAAGUUUCCAGCCGGGUCUGGAGGCCUCGGAGUUCCCCAGGCACAGUGUGUGGACCACAGGAAUCUGGGUGAUGUGUGGGCGGACUUUUUAACAGUCAUGUAUUUUCAUUUAUUAAAUAUAUCAGUAGCUCAUCAAA